GGCCGUGCAGCCCGCGCUACCAGCCCACCUCGGAUUACACUCAUCACCCAUCAGCUCGACGAGCUCCACGCCUGUCUGUUGCCACCGGCGCUGAUAAUGAAUACAGAGUGUCUGCGAUGACAUGAGCGGCUUGGAAAUGGGUUUCGACGGCCGAGAGAGCCAGGACACAGCAGCUGUCAGCUCCGGCGCACAGCCCCAACCUGCGACUGGGCCAUUCGUGCUGCGCACGCUGCUGGAGGACGUGCCACUGUCGGAAGACGGGGACAACGACGAUGUCAAGAUCAACUUCGUCGAGUAUCUUGGCGGCAACCUCUACAUAGGCACCUCUGCCUCGGAACUCCUCCACUUCGUCCAGAUCCCGCCCGAUCCCGCCGACAGCGCCAGCCAGCCAGUCUUCAUCCUCGCCUCGAGGCUGCGCCCGACAUAUAUCGAGAGUUCACUUGCUGGAAACGCAAAACCAGGGGUGCAGCAGAUCCUCCUGCUGUCCAGGGUCCAGAAGGCAUGCGUUCUAUGCAACAACACCGUCACCUUCUACUCGCUGCCAGAGCUCAGCCCCGUCUUCGGCACCGUGCGGGUUAAGAACUGCUAUUGGAUUGGAGGCUUGGAUCUGAACCUUACGGAGAAUGAUAAUAAUGACCGUGAUGACGGGCGUCCCGCCGGAGAGACAAUCUUGCUGUCACUGGCCCGCAAGAUCCAGGUUGUUCGGGUUGGAGAGGAUGCCAGAGUGUUCAAGCAAAUUGAUUUUGCCGGGAGCACGAUUUCAGUCCGGAGAGAUUCAAUCGCAUGCGUCGCCGACUCGAGGAACUACGCACUCUUGGACGUCAACCGUCAGCUGAAGAUACCUCUAAUGGCCAUCUCCUCCCUCGACGAUUCGCAGCCGAAUAUGGGCCAGGCUCAGAACAUUGCUGGGAAUUCUGAGGUUGGUAUCUUGCGCAGCGCCUCUUCGGCACAGAACAGACCUUCGAGCUCAGGCACCAACGAUGGUCACAGCCAUAGUAGGAGUACAAGUCUAGGGAAUUUCAUGUCCCAGGCUAUGAAAAGGCAGAACAAUAGCGAAGGCUAUGACUCCGAUCACCAACAAGGAUCCGACACCCCGCAACGAACAGGAAGCCCUGCACAGCAACCCACUCAAAGCCAAGUCCCUGCGGACAAAUCGUUACCCAGCCCUCCUGGCGGAGUCGCCCAAACCCCAAAGGCCCCCGCCGCUGCCCCGGUGAUUUUGAAGGCACAUAUAGUGUCGCCCACGUCCGAAGAGUUUCUUCUUGUCACGGGAACUGGCCCUCAUGACCCUGGCAUAGGUAUUUUUGUGAACCUCGAUGGUGACCCGACCCGACCGACCUUGGAAUUCGACAGAUAUCCUAAGGAGAUAAUCGUUGAUGGAGGAGGAGCGGACUUGUCAUCUUCAAGACCUUCCAUGGGUGAAGAAGAGGAGGGUUACGUUCUAGCAUCGAUGACCAAAGAAUUUCAGGAUGGCAUUCACAAUGGACUUGAGAUACAGCGCUGGGAUUUGAAUGUUGGCGAGGAAAUGCCUACCAAGCACUGGCUCGAAGCUCCUCCAAUCGAGCCUUCCAAAUCCCCAAAUGAUGCCAGGACUCCCCCACUUGGCAUCAAGUCUCUCAGGGGAACAGAAGAAUCCAACCUUCAAGAAGUUGUGGACAAGCUUUGCCAAAAGAAGUUUUCUCCCUUUUCUGGAAAUCAGCUUGAGUCAUCGGCAAUGUCACUCAGAAGCUUGGAUUCUCGGACAGCGAUUUCGAUGGAGAGGGUUUCUAAAGAAAGGGAGCUAUUCGAGAGGGAUGACGACGAAUCCCCACUGCCUGAUGGCUGGGAAGCCAUGAGGAAUGAAGAGGAGCAGGAUUUCGCCAAGCGAUUUGCAAGAACCACCUCCCGUCUCGCCGUCUGGUCCGGUAAUCAUAUAUGGUGGGCGGUCAGGAACCCACUACUCCUGCAACUUGAUGCGAAGAUUCAGUGUUCAGCCAUGGAGGCACAUGAGGCACCUCAUACGGCUGAGGAGCGUCGUCAACUGUUCUCCGUCCUGGCGACGAUCAGAGGACGAGAUGCAAGAACAGAGCUCGAGUUCAUGACAUUCAGCUACAUCAAGCAGAGGGCAAGUGUGCUGUUGUUCACAAGCUUCUUGCAUUCAAACGAGACACCCUUCCCGCCUGAGCUCAAGGCCAUGGAAGAGGUUCUCCUGGAUUCCAGCUUAGAUCCAAGGGUGGUCCUUGGUCUGGUCCCGGGCCUACGGAAUGAAAUAAUCGAGACUAGGAAGGGUAUUUGGAUUUUCGGGGGCGUCAAGGCCACAGUUGAGAGGUAUAUGGCCUCUGAGAAGUUUAAUCAAGGCGGCCAAGCUCUUGACAGUCUGGGACAGACUACCCUCUUAUUUGUCAAAUCCUACCUUUGGGGCGUCCAUCGCAAAAAAGGCAUGGCCAGCACGGCGAACGCCAGUGAGGUAUUCAGAACCGUGGAUGCUGCCCUGUUGAUGGUUUUGCUAGAGCUUGACAAAGAUUCACCAAAGGGUAUAGGAAGGAACGGCAGCAUCCGGUCGGAGCUUUAUGAGCUAGUGGACAAGGGCGUGGACUGUUUUGAUCGAGCCGUGGAUCUGCUCGAACAUUACAACCGUCUCUUCGUGCUGAGCCGACUCUAUCAAAGCCGUAAGAUGUCGGCCGACGUCCUGGCAACGUGGAGACGCAUCAUUGAGGGCGAGGAAGACAUUGGAGGGGAAUUCCGGGACGGCGAGCUGCGCGUGCGGGAAUACCUCUCCAAAGUCAGCAGUCAGCCUCUUGUGCAGGAAUUCGGCGUAUGGCUUGCCAACCGCAAUCCGAAGCUUGGUGUGCAGGUCUUUGCAGACGACAAGGGCCGUGCUCCCAAGUUCGAGCCAGCGCAUGUCGUCGGAAUCCUGCGUGAGCAAGCACCAGAUGCUGUGAAAUACUACCUCGAGCAUCUGGUGUUCGGAAAAGGGCAUACGAAGUAUGUGAAUGAGCUCAUUACAUACUACCUUGACAUCGUCAUCCACGAGCUUCAGUCUUCCCCCCAGGCCCGAGAGGCCAUAGCCUCCACGUACGAAGCGUACAGGGCGCUGAGGGCACCAAAGCCGACGUACAAACAAUUCCUCAAGGAUAAUGCACCAGAAGACGACGAAAUCUGGCACAGUCGGCUACGUCUAUUACAGCUACUCGGCGAGACUCACGAGUACGAUUUCAAGGCCAUCAGGAAGAGAAUCAGCGAGGCCCUGCCCGCCGACAAGGCGGAGGAGCAGCUACUUGUGCCCGAGGCAAUCAUCCUCGAUGGGAGGGAGCGCAAGCACGAGGAGGCCCUACGGCUCCUUGUCCACCGUCUUGGGGACUUCGACACGGCGGUGUCGUACUGCCUCUACGGCGGCGCGAGCAUCUACAUCCCGCAAUCAGGCCGGCGCGAGUCCCUGCCCAGCGAGGAAACGCAGGCAGGCCUGUUCCGCGCGCUGCUGGGCGAGUUCCUCGCGAUCGACGACGUCAGCGACAGGGUCGAGCAGACGGGGGCACUGCUCGAGCGGUUCGGCGGCUGGUUCGACGUCAUGGACGUGCUGGAGCUCAUCCCGGAGGAAUGGUCAGUCGACGUGGUGGCCGGGUUCCUGGCGACGGCGCUGAGGAGGCUGGUCGCAGAGAGGCACGAGACGGACAUCGCGAGCAGGCUGAGCUCGGCGGAGAACCUCCGGGUGAGCUGGGACCUGAUCGCAAAGAUGGACGAGAAGGGGCCCACGGUGGAGACAGGAGGUUGAGGUCAGUCUGAGGGCUGUGAUACCCGACAGUAAUCCGAUGUACAGCAUUUACCGUGAACCGAAGCUGACGCCUCCUGCAUCGUGAUGAUGAUUGUGAAACGAUGCCAGGGACAAGGAUACACCCGCCGGCUGCCUCUUGCCCUCAAGUUCCUCUUCACUGUUCUCUUUUCCUCUCUCCCAUUCUUCCUGUGGUGCUGUCAGUCUUGUGAUGAGUAGCAAUCUGGCGAGGGGCACAACUGGAUCGUCAGUGAACAAUUCCCUGUUCCAAUACCAGUCAACGCAGCUGAUACAACACGCCGACAAUCUCGCUCUGAAUUUGUGAUUUCGCCAUCGUUGCUGGGGCUUCUUUAGACAGCGAUCCCGGCACCAUCCGGAUUAUCGUCCCAUCGAGGUUUGUUGCCCCAUCGAUUGGGGCCUGCUGCUGGUCGGGGUUCACAAGUAGACAGGCAGAAAGGCCUCGAUCGAGUCGACUCCAUGUGGUGCGACCUGAUCUAUCAGACCCCUUGGAGAUGUGAUUGUGUCUCAGUGAUGACAGUCUUGGUAGUGAAACCACCAAUGACUGGAAAUCAUGGGAAUACGUGGUGAUCGUGUGGUAAGUAGUGAGCAUGAUGCUCGUCUGAGAUGGAGAAAUUAGAAAAAUAUGAGAAAUGAUGUGAACCAGUACGGUGGGCACGAGACAUACUACAGCUGUGCUGGAAGAAAUGCCUUGUGGCUUCAAGGAACCCGUCCGGAGUUGCCCGAAAGGAACACCACCGGUUAUGUGAAUAUAUAAGUCCUCACAAAGAAGCGUGACUGGAAACUACUGACGGAAAAUCAUUGUCAUCAUCCACCAGAGAUCUAACUCCGGAUCAGAUAUCCGCACCAUGUGCAUGAAUAUGGGCCCAUCACGGCAGCAGCCAACGCCCUUCCUUUCCAGAGACCUCUCAGGUGACUGGCACAACGUAAUAUCUCCCACGCGCCUUCUCAGACGCGGAGCGGUGGUGCCCAUGGAAGUAGCACUGCACCAGCUCCCGAUCAGCUACGACCCGGUGAGUAUGAGGAUCAUCGGCAACCAGGCGGGAGAGUUAUACCAAGCUCGCAGAGUCACGACUACGCGAAGAUCCCUGGACCGAUAGACUUUAUGAAUUUAUAUACUGGAUGGUAUAUGAACACAGCUCCCAUUCGGCGCCAAAGCCAUCUGCAUGCCACCACUUGCGCCGCUGCUACGGCGAGAGAGAACCAUCAGCUGUCGCUAAGCGGCGGCUGUGUGUGCGCUGGGACAUGCGGCGCUGAUGGAUGCGCGAUCCGUGCCCCGACGGAUGCUGAUCAUCGGCCUGGACAGAAGGUUUCCUGACCCUUCGCGACACUCGCACAAACAAACACACACGGGUCCCCCAACAAGUAUGGACACCCGGUGACAAUCGCCCGCGGGCCGGGACGACUCGCGGCCGUGAUUUUCACCGCACUUUCUUGUUAUAUUUCCCCCUUGCCAACAGGAUACCACCUCUUCAAGGCGCAGCCCUCUUCAGCACAGCAAAGACAAGCCACCUCUUCCGGCCGACAGGGUCCUCGAUGCCCCUGUCCAGGACCCACUCCCUCUCAAGACCGUCACAGUCCCUCUCCCAGAUGCUCUCAACCUCGAGCCCCAGGCCGGCCACGCGCUCGCCGUCAAAGAACCCCCUCAACUUGUCCCGGCCCGUGUGGAACCCGGCAACGACCCAGACCCUCGCGUCAGCCGAGUCGGCCAGGAACCACUCGAUGGACCUGAGCAGGUUCUCGUGCUCCCAGGGCAUCCAGAGGCAGUCGCACACAAACACGCGGUCAAAGGCGUGGCGGCCCCUCUGGGCGAGCGGGGUGUCCAGCUGGCCCCACGCGUGGCCCUCGACCUCGACGGGCGCGACGGCGGCGGAGGGCGACAUGUCGGAGCGGGAGUUGCGCGCGGCGUUGGCGGUGAGGUUUGAGAUGACGACGGGGGCCGGGUAGUCGGUCAGGAGGGCACGGUCCGCGCCGAGGAGGGCGGAGAGCAGCGAGGGCAGGGCGGUGCCGGCGCCGAGCUCGAGGACGGAGCGGCCCUUGACGCUGAAGGAGGACAGGGGCGGGCCGAGGGGGCUCUCGACGCCGCCUUGCUCCGGGCCCAGCCCCAAGGUGCCGGACUCGACAAACUCGGCCAGCAGCAGCGAGGAGUUCCAGAGGUAGUGGCUGAAGAGCUUGCGGUCGGCGUCGGCCACCGGGUCUGCCAGGGUGAUGUGCAGGGGCUUGGGCAGAUGGGGGGACUUGUAUAGGAGCCCGUGUUCGGCAUCGCCAUCUGUGAGGUGUUAGCAAUAGUGUUCAUCUCUUCAUCCCUGUUCCUGUCGCUUGUCUCUUGGGCAGUGGAGCGCUCGCGUGCAUGGGGCCCUCAGGGGUUCUUUGGCACGGCAGGUUGGUUCGCAGCCGAGCGGCAGAUAAUUAUGACGGCAGGAGCAGCAACAACAGCAGCAAAAGCAACAAUCAGAGUUGAAUUAGUACCGUACUGGGCGAGAUGCAGGACCACGCCAUUCAACCGCCCGCCCCACUGGCCCAACAUGUGCAUAACAUAACCAACCGCAUGCGCACCCCUGGGUACCUCGUUACAUGUAUGUCGAGACACACUCACGUUGGUUCAUCACAUCAUCCGGGAAGAUGACGCCCAGCGAGGAGCCGAAGAAGUCCUCUGGGUCCUCGGCAGGGGCACCGGUUAAGGCGAUGCGAGAGGUCAACGCCAUCUCAACCUUUGUCCGGUAUCUCCACAGUGCGUCUGACGGCUUGGUUGCGUGCCGAGUGUCUCAGGUUUGUCAGCCAGCUCACCACCAAUCCUCCUCUCUGCUGCUCUUGUUCUUCCGAGCUGUCUUCCCUCGUGCCGUCCAGCCUGCCAGCCUGCUUGCCAGUAUCCCGUCUGGCACAGCUCAAAAUAGCUCCCCACUGCCUCGACGCCAGAGCCUCUGGUCCAGGAGGCCGCAGGCAGACGAGGCUGCUACAACAACAACAGACAGGGAUGAUGACGAAGAAGGAAAAGCAACAGGUCAAUUGACAAUCGAUAAAUCAGGCACACAGGGCACGACAACGUGUCUGCAUGCAGGUUCGGGUCCAAAGUACCAAGGCAGGCCAGCAGUUGGUUCGGCUUCGAGCGAGUAACAGCAGCGGCAGCUGCAGCAACGCGGGAAAAAAAAUCGUGCGUGGUCGUUCCACACAGCCCUACUGCGAAAAGCAAGCACGCUCCGCCGCACGGGUAGCAUAGCCACC